ACCAUCUUAAGUACUUCUCUUGUAAUAAACCAUAUUUGCAUUAACGGGUAUAAAACUCCUGCUCCAGCCAGUAUCAUUUCCAAACUAUCAAAUUCGUUGUCUAUAUACUACGAAGACAUCCAGAAGCUAGUAUGAAGCUUUCAAUUUUCUUCUUUGUUAUCGUUGCUGCGCUAUUGGUCCUGACAGGACAAUCUGAGGGGAAAAAGUUUUUCAAACGUAUUGAAAAGGUAGGAAAGAACAUAAGGAAUGCUGCCGAAAGGGUUCUUCCUACAGCAGUGGGCUAUGCUGGACUUGUGAGAGGAGGCUAAUGGAUAUUAGUUUGAUUAAUUAACCCACAUUAAUCCAUAUUUCAUGUACUUAAACCAAACCUAUUUGUUAUAAAUGUUAUGUUAACAAAAAUAAAAUGUUACUCUUGAAAA